AUGUUUCUCAAUCUGGACAAACUUGGAAGAUGCCUGGACUUCAAUGCCCAGAAUUCCAAAGUCAGCUUUGCUGACUUUGGAAUUCUGGGCGUUGAAGUCCGGGCAUCUUCCAAGUUUGUCCAGAUUGAGAAGACGUGGGGCUUUGGCAGCAAGUGCAUUCUCUACGGGUCGGUGGGCUACAACGGGACGCUGAACCUCCUGACCUCCAGCCCCCCCUCGCUCUGCUACUUCAUUUCCGCCGUCUCGGGGCUGACGGCCAUCUUCAGCCUGGUCUCCCUGCUCCGCGGCCUCUACAGCUUGUGCUACGGCGAUGGACACUUGGUCCACGCCUGGAUCAGGACCUCCUUGGUGGUCUCGGCCACCCUCCUCUUCUUCCUCCUGGUCUCCGCCUGCGUCCUCCGCGUUGGCAUGGACGUCUUCUGCAGCUCCAUUCAGAGAUCCAAAGCGGCAGCCAGCUGCCAAGAGGCUCAACAACAUCCCUGGGUCAAGCCUUAUCGUCCCGGAAAGUUCUACGACAACCUCUACGCUGCCCAG